UUUUGGGUCUAUGAGUCUAUCUGAAUUUUUUUGAAAACAGAACAAUAUGGAUUUACAUACCAGCACCACUUUGGCGUGGCAACCUUUCCCACCCAUCUCUCUCUCUUCUCCCUCACUCUGACUCCUCAUUAAAUAGUGUGAAACUGAAUCACAUCCAAUUCAGAAAGCAGAACCAUUUUCCAUAUAUCAUUGCCACAAUCUCAAUUCCCAGAACCCAAAAGAAUCAAAAUCAUACUCAUAGCAAUGACUUCUCUGUCCACCUCUUGCUUAACUGGUCCUGUACUUCGACUCCCGUCUCUUCUUUCUCCUCAAAAUCCUAAUCAGAGGUCCUUGUUGUCACUGACUCGGAACCCGGAUCGAAUUCGUGGCAAUCGGAUUGUAUGCAAGAACUUAAGUGUCUGUCCGAAGGCUAGUCUGAGAGGGAAUUUGGAGGUCGCCGGACUUCCAACGUCGGUGCCGGUGCGUGUGGCUCACGAGCUUCUUCUGGCCGGACACCAUUAUUUGGAUGUCAGGACUCCUGAAGAGUUUAGUGCAGGGCAUCCUUCUGGUGCUGUUAACAUUCCUUACUUGUACAGAGUUGGAUCAGGGAUGUCAAAGAAUCCAGAGUUUGUGAAGGAGGUUUCAUCACAUUUCAGAAAACAUGAUGAAAUUAUUGUUGGAUGCCAGCUUGGGAAAAGAUCAAUGAUGGCUGCAACUGAUCUUGUAGCUGCUGGUUUCACUGGGAUUACAGACAUGGCCGGUGGGUAUGCUACUUGGACUCAAAAUGGACUUCCAACAGAGUUGUGAAAGAGAACGCUCGUGGUUAUGGAAUCCUCGAUCGCCUAGGAAUGUGAAUGCCAAGAGAAACAAAUUACAAAUAAAGUGGCAAUAAUAGAGCCUUGAAGAACUAAGCAUGCAUUCAGAACAAAAUGUAGAAGAACAUUCAAGGGUAAUGCGCCCAUUGCAAUGUGUGUAAUUGCGUAGCUUAGUUAAAGAAGUUAGAAGUGGUCCACAUUGGCAUGUAUAUAUGUACUUUAUGCGUGGAGUUCACAACUACUAACUGAAACCAGUUGUAUUGAAUUAAACAAAUGCAGUUGAGUAAGAUUGGUAUCUCAGAUUGCUAACUGAUGAAAUGGAGUAUGGAUGAAGAGAUUCAAAAGAGGGUUUCGGUACAUGACGAAACAUUUUCUGUUUAUU